AUAGCAAUUGGAAUUUCUAACCAGAGAGAAACAACCAUUAUAUGGGAUAAGACAACUGGGGAACCACUCUACAAUGCAAUUUUGUGGCUAGAUGUUAGAACACAGUCAACUGUAGAACAACUGAUUAAGAAAAUACCAGGGAAAAACAAAAACUAUCUUCAGGAGAAGACUGGCCUUCCACUCAGUACCUAUUUCAGUGCUGUGAAACUUCGGUGGAUCUUGGAUAAUGUUCCAGGAGUUAAAGUAGCUGUAAAAGAAGGCCGAGCUCUGUUUGGAACGGUUGACACUUGGCUAAUCUGGUGUUUGACAGGUGGACAAAACAAUGGUGUUCACUGUACUGAUGUGACCAAUGCUUCCAGGACCAUGCUGUUCAACAUCAACACUCUUGAAUGGGAUCCUGAGCUAUGCGAAUUCUUUGAAGUUCCAAUGAGUGUCCUCCCAGAAGUGAAAAGUUCAUCUGAAAUUUAUGGAAAAGUGAAACUUGGGAGUUUAGCCGAUGUGCCAAUUUCAGGGUGUUUAGGUGACCAAAAUUCUGCCUUAGUUGGACAGAUGUGUUUUAGUCCGGGUCAGUCAAAAAACACAUACGGAACAGGCUGUUUCCUCCUGUGCAACACAGGCAAGAAGCCUAUAAUAUCAAAACAUGGCCUUCUGACAACUGUUGCAUAUCAAAUGGGCAAGAAGGAGCCUGUAUUCUAUGCUCUAGAGGGAUCAGUUGCUAUAGGUGGUCUUUUGAUACGCUGGCUGAGAGACAACCUUCGUAUUAUUAGUACAGCAUCUGAAAUUGAGAAAUUUGCAGCAUCUGUGGGUUCCUCCUAUGGUUGUUACUUUGUUCCAGCAUUCUCAGGGUUAUAUGCACCAUACUGGGACGCAAGUGCAAGAGGAAUAAUAUGUGGCAUUACCCAAUUUACAAAUCGAAACCACAUUGCAUUUGCAGCAUUAGAAGCUGUAUGCUUUCAAAGUCGUGAGCUUCUUGAUGCUAUGAAUGAGGACUCUGGAAUUAAAAUGUCAACUCUCAAGGUGGAUGGAGGAAUGACUAACAGUAAUGUUCUAAUGCAGCUUCAAGCUGAUAUUCUCUCAAUACCAGUCGUAAAACCCUCCUUAAUAGAAACAAGUUCUCUGGGUGCUGCCAUGGCAGCAGGUGCUGCAGAAGGUAUUGGAGUCUGGAAUCUACAUCCUGACAAUCUCGCUGUAUUUCGGUGGCAGCAGUUUGAACCACAAAUCCAGCCAAUAGAAAGUAACAAACGUUAUGCUUGGUGGAAGAAAGCUGUGCAAAGAUCAAUGAACUGGGAAACUGCUGAUGGUCUGGCAGACUCUCGUAUGUUCACUUACAUGCCUAUGGGCUUUUUUUUACUGGGUAGCAUGUUUAUGUUAAUCGGAGCAAAAUACCUCACAGCUGGUGUCUUGACACAAGCAGAAACCCAUUACCAUGAUUAAGAAUAUCCAACCCAAAGUGAAUUCUAUGCAUGGAACCAACACAUGGAAACUUCUGUUUGGAAUGGAAAGUGCACUCUUUUC